AUGAGGAUCACCUUUGUGACAAUGGCCACGGCGAUGGUGUGUUUGAUGGGUGUCCAUGGAGACGUGCAGCCUCAGAGAGAGUUCGACUUGCAGAGGUUUGCAGGGAAGUGGUACCGUGUGGGCCUGGCGUAUGACUCCCCAGGGUUUACUGCCCCAUACAGAGACAAGCUGAGAGUGUCCAUGGGCAUCCUGAAUCCACAGACCAACGGCGACGUCAACCUCACCAUGUGGACCCAGAGAUCAACAGGUUGCCGCAGUAAGCUUUACACGUAUGAGAAGACAGCGAUACCUGGCGCCUUCACCUAUUUCAGCACCCGCCAUAACAAAGUAAAGGACAUCACAGUAGUGGAGACCAACUAUAAUGAAUAUGCACUGGUCCUGAAGCACAAGAAGAUGGACAGAGAGUACACACAGGUGGCCCUCUAUGUGGAGACCAACUAUAAUGAAUAUGCACUGGUCCUGAAGCACAAGAAGAUGGACAGAGAGUACACACAGGUGGCCCUCUAUGGUCGUUCUCAGAAGGUAAAGCCUGAAGUGAUUCAGAAAUUUAAAGACUUUGCCACAUCUCAUGGAUUUCCCAAGGACGCCAUUCUGACCCCACCACCUGCAGAGAACUGUCCUCCCUAUGGACGCUAA